AUGCAUGAACGAAGCAUCCCCCUGGCAGCGAAGGGAAAGACGAAGGAUAGCGUACACUGGCAACUGGGAUGGUGGGAUCUGUCUCACGCCUUAGAAGGCACCCGAAGACCCGUUCAACACUUCCCUUCCUCCCACCAAUUUGUGCUCCCUCCCCCUCCAUUACUUCUCCAGGUCGCAUUCGCAAACAACUAUGAACCGGCAACAAUCCUGUCCCUUUGUUCCACCGAUGACUGGCUGUAUGCAUACUUCCCCGGAAAAUCAUGUCCCGGUAUUGGAUGCGCCUGGCGAAAAGAAGCCCAGUUGGACAAGUGGGAACUUAGGGAGUUCUGGGAGUAUCCCGUCGGAAGCGGUAUCGUCUGUGCCGCCUGGACAUCUGCGCAUCGUGAGUGGAUUGUGUCCGACGCAGAUAUUCCUAGUCGUCUCCCUCCGAAAGGUCCCUUGCGGUUGUUGCGGCUCACGGAAAGCCACAUCCUUCAUGUGUACAGCCUGUCACCGAUAGGGAAACCGAAAGAGUUUCGCGCGAACCUGCUUCAACCUACACAUCCCCACUCGGUCGGUAAGCUAGGUGGAGACAAAGUGUGCGUGAAGGCUGCCAUCGGGUUAUGUUACCAACAGCCCACAAUUUUGAACUCGAAUCAAUUGUUUCCCAACUCGGGCGUUAUGGAUCUCAGUAUAGGUAUGGACAUAAGUCAACCACCAACAGAGAGCUCUCCUUAUCCAGAGUGGGAUCUAUGGGGCGAGGAGCAAACCAUUUCUAUCUGUGAAGUGCGCAUCGAGUACAGAGCCACUUUACCCGUCACCGUCAUGACUCGCCCACUCACCUCUAUCGCACAUCCUGGCGCUCGACUGGCAGACUUGGUUUUCUGCUGUUCGCCAAUUCCUCAAUCACAACCCGAAUCUAGGCCGAAUCUCACCCUCGUAGCAACAUAUUAUGACGUUGGCGAUUAUACAUCCCCACCCAAAGUAGAGCUAGCUUCUUACACUUACCAGUGUGUUGUUCAAAAUAGCGGUUGGUCUCUGAAGAGCGAACAUAAACGCUUGUGUCAAACCAAGGUCCUGAUUCGGAAUGGCCUGGCUGUAGGCUUCUUGGAUGUCGGCGGCCUCCUGCCCCAUAAGAAAUCAAAGUCAAACGAAGUCACCGUGGGUGCAAUCGAGAUACUACAAAUCCCAGAUUUGAGCACCCAUGAUAUGUGGGAAAGUGUACCUCUUCAUUCUCAUGUUCAGGUUGGUACCGUGGAUGUACCCGUCAGCGUCGCCUUCUCCCCUAACGAGACACUGAUAUGUUGUAUUUCAUCCCCUCUCCUCGGCUCUCAUCUUGCUGUUCAAAACCUUCCGCGGCGAGUAUCUAGAGAUUCGGCUCUAGCAUCAAGUUCGCAGUUACAUGGAGACCUAUCAAGACAUCUUGUCGCAGCCAUUCGUUCGCGAUAUUCGACAUCAGACGUCAUCCACGCUCUAGCAAUGCCAACUCUGCCACCAGAUGCAACGGUGGACACCCUAUUUCAAACGCUGAGCUCCAUGGAGCGGCACUCGAACGGCUUGCCGGACAUGUGGAUAGCCGAGCUUCUAGGUGUCGCGGCGGAAGUGUACAGCGCCAGGGCCAAGCGACUAGAGAGAAGUGCAGAGAAAGACGUGUGCACAGCCCGCUGGCAGGUGUCUUAUGAGAUUGCCUCCCUUUCUGCGUGUUGCAGCGCGUUUGAGACUUGUCGUGAUGGCGACAUUUACGAUCUUGGUUCAGGCACGGGCUCAUGCGAUUGUGCAGAUGCUGUGUGGCAGCUGGCUGGGAUGACGGGAGUGCCGGAACCUACGCUCCCCACUUCCACGGCCAGUUCUGCUACGACUCUUGACAGUCCCAUUUUCCUCCACCUCACCCACCCAUACGCGCUCGCCCACCUCCAUAGUGCUCUCGAGCACGUGAAGCGUUUCCACGACCAAGUCGCCAAGCUCCCCGCGAAAGGGGAGAGCUCCCACAUCGCGAAGGACGUGUUGAUGGAUACUACAGGAGGGUCUGGCAUCGACAUCCAGCUCGUUGGGCCACUGCUUUAUGACAUUCUCAAAGAUUGCAAGAAGCUGGAUGCGCAGGAUCUUCGCCGGAGCCUGGCGUCUUGCUGCCCAGUGCCCUCGCUGAAGCCACACGUGCGCAGCGCCGUCGACCGCAUCGUCACCUCGAAGGCCAUCGACCGUGCGCGGCUCUUCGUCAAACCGUCCGACCUUGCGGACGGGCUUUCACGAAUAACCGUCUCGGAGCGUCCCGCGGGUCCGUUGAAGGACAAGAGCAUGGAUGUCGUGCGUAAGGGUAUGUCAUGGCGCGGCGUGGCGACGGUGCUGUGCGUGCGCUGUGGAGGUCGCUCGGACGUCGGCGGGAUGAGCCCGUGGCAGACCUGGGAGAAGGGUUGGCAGAUGCGCUGUGUAUGCGGGGGUUGCCACUUCGCGACAUCACGAGUGGAGUAUGGUGUGGUGCGAUUAGUAUUAUGUAUACUCGAUAUAAUAUACACCGACUAA